AUGGCGAAAACCCUCCCCACACCACGAGUCGACCGAUGGACAGCCCACCUGACCAUGACACCACCGCCGACGCCUUUCACACUCAGACCUGCAUCCCGCGGCCCUUCAUGCAUCUGCUGCAUCGCGGAUUGUUGCAGGAGCCAACCCUGGACCGAGCUGGUUUGCCAGGAGCUCGUCGCCGUCGUCACCCCGGGAGGAUCUGACGCUUUGUUCGACCGGUCCCUCGCGGCUGCUGUCGCCCUUUCGAGCGUGCCUCGCGACGGUGGUGAUUGGUCACCUGGCCGCAUGUCGCUGGCACGUUCAAGGCGGUCCUGA